GUGCGAGUGAGUGAGUGUGUGUGUGUUUUGCGCAGCGAUACAGAUGCGGCGCGUGUGUCCUGACAGCGGUGUUUGAGCGCGCAGGUGUCCGUGUGUAUCGCGAGCAGGUGUUUUUGCGAGGCGUCAGAGGGGAGGGACGCACACACCCUCCAGAAGAGCGGCGGGACGGAGGCCACCGGAGUAUUCGCCUUUUUAUUUCGCUUUUUAUUCUUCUUCUUCCUCAUCGUGGCGGUGGGCGGCACUUUCUCUUUUCAUUUGCUCGCCCUGUCCGUCGUCUGCCUGCUCGUUUAUUUCUCCAUUUAUUUCAUCUAUAAUUUCUUUUGUUGAUUAGCGCCAGAUCUGAGUUGUGUUAAGAUUGUAGGUAGGUUGAUCAGUGUGUGUGUGUGUGUGUGUGUUUCAGUCUGUAUUCUAUUGAAAGCACUCACACACAUGAGCCGCACACACAUGAAGACGUGUGUUUGUGUGUGCUGUAUCAUAAUCGUUUAUUUAACAUAUAGAUCAUAACACACUCAUCAUCUCUCACUUCAUUCAACCAAUCCUUCAGCGGUGUGUGUUUGUACACAUCACACACACACUCCAGUGAAACACAUCGAUCAUCUCUAUCCCAGUUGUUUAUCUAUUCUCUCUCUCUCUCUGUGUGUGUGUGUGUGUUUCUGAUCUUUAUCUCCCAAAACUGAUGCAUUUCAUUCAUUUCUGAGCAGCUCUUUCUGAAAUGACGACAUUAUUCACACACGGGUGCUCAUAAUCUCUGUGUGUGUGUUGAGUAAUGAAGAGAUCUCUGUGUGAAGGUGUGUGUGUAGACUGAAGGCUCAUCGCUCCAUCAUUCAUGUCUUUUUGAGGAGACGUUCAUGUUUUCUGGAGGUCUUGCCAGAUGAUGAUACAUUUGGAUGUAGUUUUUCAUCUGAGGACACACACUUCAUUCAUGUCACUGAGCUGCAACGUUUGUCCAGAUGAGCAAACACACGCCGCUUUUUCUGCUCUUUUACAAUCGGACUCAAUGUGAAGUCACUUCACUUCUGCGGCCCUUCAUGUGAACGAGAGCAUUUUACACAGAAGAUUUAUGCUGUUAGGAUUCUAUCUGCACUGCUAGACGCUGUGAAAGCGGGACACUAAGAUCAGCAGCACAGAGGACAAACACACACACAGAAGAACACACAAAGUGUCUAUCGAGAGAGAGAGAGCUGCUAUCAGUGACUGCAGGGUAUGAGAGCUCUAGAGCAUCAUGCAUUAUCUGAGAUGGAGGAGUGAGAUUCCCGCUUCAAACACACAAGGUCUCUGUCUUUCUCUUCUUCAUCAUGUCUCUCUGCGUUUACCGUGGCUCAGCUCCACCUUCUCAGGAAAUGCGGGCGCAGCUUCACCCACAGGCCCCGCCAUUUCGCCGCCGGCCCUGCCCCCAGUCAUACCGGCUCUUCCUCGCGUGCCUCCUGCUCCUGCUGCUGCCGCUGGCCUGUCAGUCACGGGGGGUAAGAGGAGGCGUGGCCCAUUACAUCCCGUCGUCCGUGGCGCAGUACCCGCCCCUGCCCAAACUCCUUCAGGGCCUGAGCAUCGCAGUGGUGCUGGUGGGCAACUCCAGCGAAGUGGUGCUCGCCGGGGCCCGGGACAAAGACGAUUUCACCCACAUGCCCCUGGCACCCAACGUGGAGUUGCUCACCAUGAACGAGACGGACCCCAAGAGCAUCAUCAAGAGCAUCUGUGACCUGAUGACCGGGCACUGGCUGCAGGGCGUGGUGUUCGGAGACGACACCGAUCAGGAGGCCAUAGCGCAGAUCCUGGACUUCAUCUCUGCGCAGACGCACAUCCCCAUACUGGGCGUGAAGGGCGGAUCCUCCAUGAUCAUGGCUGCUAAGGAUGACAACUCCAUGUUCUUUCAGUUCGGUCCGUCCAUCGAGCAGCAAGCGUCUGUCAUGCUCAACAUCAUGGAGGAAUAUGACUGGUACAUCUUCUCCAUAGUUACCACCUAUUACCCUGGAUACCAGGACUUUGUAACCAAGAUCCGCAGUACCAUCGAGAACAGUUUUGUGGGUUGGGAGCUGGAGGAGGUCCUGCUGUUGGAUAUGUCUGUAGACGAUGGAGAUGCAAAGAUUCAGAAUCAGCUGAAGAAGCUUCAGAGUCCCGUCAUUCUGCUCUACUCCACCAAAGAAGAAGCUAACAUCAUCUUUGAGGUGGCACAUUCUGUCGGACUCACGGGUUACGGAUACACAUGGAUCGUACCCUCUCUGGUGGCUGGUGACGCUGAUCAUAUCCCACCUGAGUUCCCCACAGGUAUGAUCUCAGUGUCUUAUGAUGAGUGGGAUUAUGGGCUGGAGGCACGAGUGAGAGACGGCAUAGCAGUCAUUGCUUCAGCAACGUCCUCCAUGAUGCUGGACAGAGGUCCACACACACUGCUGAAAUCUGGGUGUCACGGGUCACCUGACAAGAAGAGUCCAAUCACAGGCAACACCAAUGAAGUGCUUAGGUAUCUGAUGAACGUCACGUUUGAAGGGAGGAAUCUGUCGUUCAGUGAGGACGGAUAUCAGAUGCAUCCCAAGCUGGUGAUCAUACUACUGGAUAAAGAGCGUCAGUGGGAUCGAGUGGGUAAGUGGGAGAACGGCUCUCUGUCCAUGAAGUAUCACGUGUGGCCGAGGUUCGAGCUUCACUCCGGUGCCGAAAGAAGAGAUGAUGAUCAUCUGUCCAUCGCCACACUUGAGGAGGCGCCGUUUGUCAUCGUAGAGGACGUGGAUCCACUCAGCGGGACCUGCAUGAGAAACACUGUACCCUGUAGAAAACAACUCAAAUCUGUUAAUCACACAGGCGUCGCUGCGGUCUAUAUCAAGCGUUGUUGUAAAGGUUUCUGUAUUGAUAUUCUGAAGAAGAUCGCCAAGCAUGUGAAGUUCACCUAUGACCUUUAUCUGGUCACCAACGGCAAGCACGGCAAGAAGAUCAACGGCACCUGGAACGGGUUGGUCGGAGAGGUGGUGAUGAAGAACGCUCACAUGGCUGUGGGAUCGCUGACCAUCAAUGAGGAAAGGUCAGAGGUCAUCGAUUUCUCCGUGCCCUUCAUAGAGACGGGCAUCAGUGUCAUGGUCUCCCGUAGCAACGGGACGGUAUCACCCUCAGCGUUCCUUGAGCCCUUUAGCGCUGACGUCUGGAUCAUGAUGUUUGUCAUGCUGCUGCUGGUGUCCGCCUUCGCCGUCUUCUUCUUCGAGUACUUUAGUCCUGUGGGAUACAACAUGUGUCUCGCCGACGGCAGAGAGCCCGGAGGGCCGUCGUUCACUAUCGGGAAGGCCAUCUGGUUACUCUGGGGUUUGGUCUUCAAUAAUUCAGUUCCAGUGCAGAACCCCAAAGGAACCACCAGUAAGAUCAUGGUCAGCGUUUGGGCUUUCUUCGCUGUCAUCUUCCUGGCCAGUUAUACAGCUAAUCUGGCAGCGUUUAUGAUUCAGGAGGAGUACGUGGACCAGGUGUCUGGCCUCAGCGAUAAAAAGUUUCAGAGACCCAACGAUUUCUCGCCUCCGUUUCGUUUUGGGACCGUUCCCAACGGCAGCACUGAACGAAACAUCCGCAAUAACUACAGAGAGAUGCAUUCGUACAUGAUCAAAUAUCACCAGCGCAACGUGAACGAGGCUCUGUACAGUCUGAAAACAGGAAAGCUGGAUGCCUUCAUCUAUGACGCUGCAGUGUUGAACUACAUGGCCGGAAGAGACGAGGGCUGUAAGCUGGUCACCAUCGGCUCUGGGAAAGUGUUUGCGUCCACAGGCUACGGCAUCGCCAUCCAAAAAGAAUCCAUCUGGAAGAGACAGGUGGACCUCGCCAUCCUUCAGCUGUUUGGAGAUGGUGACAUGGAGGAGUUUGAGGCUCUCUGGCUCACCGGGAUCUGCCACCAUGAGAAGAAUGAAGUGAUGAGCAGUCAGCUGGAUGUGGACAACAUGGCGGGUGUCUUCUACAUGUUAGGAGCCGCAAUGGCUCUGUCACUCAUCACGUUCAUCGCUGAACACGUCUUCUUCUGGCACCUACGCUUCUGCUUCAUGGGUGUGUGUUCUGGAAAACCGGGUCUCACCUUUAGUAUCAGCAGGGAGAUUUAUAGCUGCAUUCACGGAGUUGAAAUCGAAGACAAGAGUUCGGCGUUGAAUUCACCCUCUGCCACCAUGAACAACACGCACUCGAACAUCCUGCGGCUACUGCGCACCGCCAAAAACAUGGCGUCUCUCUCUGGAGUCAACGGCUCCCCGCACAGCGCCCUGGACUUCAUCCGCAGAGAGUCUUCUGUGUACGACAUCAGUGAGCAUCGCCGCAGUCUGGCCGGACACUCGGACUGCAAAGCCCCGUACCUGCUCGACGAAAACAUGUUCAGUGACUACAUCAACGAGGUGGAGCGCACCUUUGGCAACCUGCACCUGAAGGACAGUAACUUGUAUCAAGACCAUUACUUGCACCACCAUGGCGGCUCGACCCUGGGCCUGACUGGACCAGCCCCAAACCGUCCUCCAAGCCAAGGAUCCAGCAUUUCCUUGGAGGGAGGCAUGUUUGACUGUGAUAGCUUAGCUGGAGGCGUGGUCCCCAUCUUCUCCAGCCACCCGCGCUCUGCACUCACGCACAGAAACAUGAGCAAGUUUGACCUGCUGCAGAGUCAGCCCCCUUCGACUGGGCAGGGCUUGAAACAGGGCCUGGCCGACCUAUAUGGCAAGUUCUCUUUCAAAGGUGGGGCGUCCAGUUCGGGAUACAUCCCAGGGCACGAGAGGUACUGCGGCGGUGCCGAUGAUGGAAACAUGUCGGACAUUUCCACGCAUACGGUGACCUACGGCAAUCUAGAGGGCAACGCUAAGAAACGAAAGCAAUACAGAGACAGUCUUAAGAAACGUCCGGCGUCUGCAAAGUCCCGCCGUGAAUUUGAUGAGAUCGAGUUGGGCUACCGCCGCCGCCAGCGUCAUGGCCACCAUCAUCACCACCACGGCCAACGCUCUGCCUCACCCCCUUCUGAACGCAAGAGAGGAGGUAGCACCAACUCAACCUCAUAUCUCUUACAGGACAAAGAAAGCAUGAGGGAUUUCUACCUGGAUCAGUUCCGUCCCAAAGAAGGCAUCCCACAGUGGGAGCAUGUGGAUCUUACAGAUGGUCCCACUGGGUUAGGAGAGAACUGCACUAGCCUGGUGUCUGUGGAUGACUUCCUGAAGAACAAACCCAAGAAGCUGGACGGCAGCGAUUGGGAAUGUCGUAGCUGUCGUGCCACCAGCGCGGGCAGCAAGCAGACCGUCCUUCACGGGGGUAGCUUCAUCGGCGGGGGCACUAACUGUGUCCAGUCGGGCGGUGGAGGAGGGCUGGGGAGCAGCCGUCCCAGCUCAGCCACUUGUAUGCGGUGUGAUACUUGCAAGAAAUCGGGCAACCUCUACGACAUCAGCGAGGACAGUAGCCACUUACUGGAGCAGCUGGGGAGCAGUAGAGUGCAGACGCCAGCACAGCGUCGCAGGGCUUUCGGUGCAAGGCCGCUACGGCGACAGCAUUCCUACGACACCUUCGUGGACCUACAGAGAGAAGGGGUGGUGGGAGCGGCUGCGCCUCUGAAUUUCGGCGGGGCUGGAGGAAUGGGUGGGGCACUGCCCCCUGGGCCUCGCAGUGUGAGCCUAAAGGAGCGGGAGCGCUGCAUGGAUGCCUCCAGUUCCUUCGGACACGAAUACGAAAGUCAGGGAGGUCUGGAAUGCGACGCAGACCUCGACCCACUGUUCUACGGUGGUCUGGAGAGGGCGAAGGGCGCAGGAUCGCCAUUCGGUUUGUUCAGAGCGGGAGAGGGUGCGCCUCAACGCCGCUCGCUGGGUGAGAGGGAAUUGAGAGACAGGGGACUGAUGGAAGGGCCUGCACCCUUAUCCAAAUCCCUUUAUCCUGACCGAAGCAAUCACAACCCCUUCAUUCCCACGUUCGGGGAUGACCAGUGUCUGCUGCAUGGUGCCAAGUCUUACUAUGUCACCAAUCAGCAGAGCAACACGCACGGCCCCAUGGGCGUGACCUCGUUCCUGCCAGCGUCGGCAGCUUCAGGAGUCAUGUCGAACUUUCCCGGCCCGCACUUUCCUGCCGAGCUGUGUGCCGGAAACCACCACACCAGCAAGCUGAGUCUCGGUCCGCCUCGACCCUUCAACGGCAGCAAUGGACACGUGUACGAGAAACUCUCCAGCAUCGAGUCUGAUGUGUGAAGCAAUCCUACGAGCCAGACUUUAGCAGAACACGCCGAACUUGAGAAAAUGUCAUAUUUCCUGUCAAGUACAUGUUUACAGCGACCAUGAGCUGCUGUCCAUCUGCUGAAUGUGUCUGAGGAGAAGUGCAGUAGAGCAGAUGGCCUGUUUCACCUCUCCUCUUCUCAUCUGCUCUAUUGUAAAGAUGGCAUCAUGACAGUGCAACGAAUGCAUUUGUUUUUUUUAACAGGGUAACAAUUUUACCUCAGAGACGAUGCCAGACACAAUCCUCCUGGAACCUCCGAGAAGGGUUCACUGUUUCUUUGGAUGCACAUAUCCAGAGACGAUGUGAGCGGCAUGGACAUCAGUCAGUCUCCACAUCAUCCUCAUGUAACCAUGGCAACGGCCUCUCUCACGCUGUUCACUGCCGAGUGUUCCGGCUCCCACGCUCAUUUAUAUUCAAGCGUCUCUACUGCCGUGAUAUUUCACAUCAACAGCGUUACACAUCAUCUGUGAUUCUUUAAUUAUUCUUGUCUGGAAGAUAAUGUAGAGUAAGUUAGUGUUAACUCUGUAAAUACAUCUUCUCUUUGUAUUAUUAACAGACAACCUUUAAUAUAGCUUUUUCACAUAUUUAACAAAUAACCAAAAUCAAGAUAAAAACACAACAAAAAUAUGCAAAGUAUAGUCAAGCAUUACUACUUCUGAUAAGUGAUAGUUUGCUUUUAUGACUCGAUUCUGAUAGUUUACUGCCAGCUUUACUUAAGAAGACUUCAACUCCUCUUUAUUCCUUUGACUAGAAUGUAACAGAGCUACGCUGUGCUGUCGUGGACAUUUUUAUGUGUUUCUUUUACUGCUUUGCUCCUCACAAAGUUUCUCUUCACACUACACACUACACACACACACACGUUUACCUCGCAAUCUAUGUGAGAACAAGAAAGCGGAAUAUCUAUGGACUAUUCUCACUUUAGUUUCCAGAGGACUCUUUCUAUGUUUACUGUAGUGUUAAUGAUUAUAAUGGUUAAGUACCCCCCCCCACACACACACAGAUCUCCAGCUUCAGUGUGAUUUAGGACCUUAAGCUCGACUGAAUGACUUUAGCGUUUAUUUGAUGGAGUGUCAUUUGUGUUGUAAACGUAAGGUAAACGCUUGAAUCCUUCUGCUUUUACAGUUUGUCUUUAAACUCUGUGGUUUACUAGGUCAUGAUAUCACAGUGUGCUUUCAGAUGUGUUGAAGCUGGGGGUCUACAUGUUCCCGUCAUAGAGCGGUGACGUUUGAGUUCUUCACACAGCAAUAGUUCUAUAAGCCACAGUUCUUUUCCCACUGUAUGCGAGUCUUUUUUCAGUGAAACACAAAAGAAGAUAUUUUGAGAAACGUCUCGGUGGUUUUGUGUUCAUACACUUCAAAGUCAAUUCUUCAAAAUAUCUUCUUUUGUGUUCUAAAGAAAAUAGAAACUUUGAUGAUGAUGAUGAAAGAAUUCUGUCAGGUUCAGAUGCGUCAAAAAUGAUUGACAAUUAGCAUUCAGUUUAGAUUGGCGGUUUGGUUUUGUUCUGGGCAAAACUCCCUAAACAUCCAUAAGGAAGAGCAGGGAGCGCAGCGAUGACCCCUCAGUGUAAACUGAAUAGAACAAGCAGACGUCAUGAGUUCCUCAAGACAUUUAAGUGUAACCCAUAAUUCAAAUGCAGUUGAGACGUAUGAGAAGGAAUAAAAGAAGUGGAGAUUGUAAACGUGAGGUGGAGCUGGGGACGGAGGAGAGCACCAUAAGCUGCUAUAAGCUGAAUGAAUUGAAAGGGAAGCUGUGAUUGUGUCACAUCUGUGAAGAGGGUCCGCUGAUGCCACAACUGAAGUGUCUCUCUGUGGCUUGAGCUCUGUGUGCUUUUCUUGUGUUCAUAGAGAAACACGCCUAGUUGUAGUUAGACUUCAUUCUAGUGUACUCGCAAUAUAUAGGAAACUUUAGCGUUCUGUUGACUACUAUAUUGUCAUUAUUAUUCUAAGGUAAGUAUAGCAGCUGGGUUGGAGUUUUACGAAUCGGUAACUGGUGUAACUAAAUCGCCAGUCACCACAACACAAAGUCCAUCUCUACCUUCACAGAAUGGGUUAGUUUGUCACUCGACGUGGGUGAUGAACGCGUUGCGCGCGAGACGGCCGCUUCUGCGGCGCAUACUCUCCAUGCUGGGGUAUCGCCGUGCUGUUUCCAUGGUAACUGCAGUGCCAGAGGAUGCAGGCUGAAUGAGUGAAUUCUUUCACUAUGGAAUAAGAAUCGCAUCCACUUUGAUAAGUCACAGAAUUUUUACAUCUCUAAAUACGAUUCUAGAGUGAAUACUUGUACAGAUUGUGUAUAUAAUGAACACAAUUCCUUUUCUAUGACGAUACGAACGCAAACCUCAAUGAUACUUUAAUAUUGAGAGGAUCUUUUCACGACGUAGAAGGGUUGAGAAUUCUUUCACAUGCUAAAUAAAGUGAAUCAAACAAG